UACCUCUCACCUGCCGCAUUUGCGCCGGCCGCCUCCGUUCUCAAUAGUCUCCUCCUCUCGUUCUUGUCUUUGACCUGGAGGGUUUACAACGGUGGUGCUUGCUGGAGUUACUUUGUCUAUCCGCUUGGUGUAUUUUUUAGUGCAUGUUCAUCCGGUGCUUGGCGCGACAGAUCUGACCUCCAAUCGGUGGAUCUUGUUAGAGUUUUCGAUGCAUGCAUGAGCUCUGACGGCCGACGGUGGGGCUUGUCGGAGAAACUUUGCCUAUCCGGCCGAUACCAAGGCUCCCAGUUUCCUCGGGGGAAGAGGCAGCAGCAACUGCACGAGUGCACGACCCCCCACGAAAUCGAAGUGCCCGCCGCGCGCGCGUGGGGGCGUGGCGCACACCUCCCCCCGCGCUCGUCAGUCCUCACCGUUCGGAGCCUCUUCCCCGGGUCGGCUCCGCCCGCCCGGCAGCCGCCGCCCGCCGCCGCAGCAUACGCCCGCGCGUCUCGCAUCCGGUACCUGCCACCGGUUUUGAGGAUGGUGGGGGUCGGGGUGGAGCCGCCGGCGCCGCCCGCGGAGGCCGCGGCAGGGCUGCCGCCGCGCAGGCUGAGGCCUCAGGGGGCCUCCGCCAGGCGCUCCUGGCCGCUCGGGUGCGGCCGGUCCCCCGCGGACCCGCCCGCGGCAGGCGGUGGUUUGAAGGUCGCGGAUGGCGGCGGAGCGGACGAGGUGGUCGCCGCCGUUCCGCCUCCGGCUCGGAACGGCUCCCUGCUUCAGCGGCAGGGCUCGGACGAGAUGGACGAGGCCGGCGCCCGCGGCGCCGUUUCACCUGUGGGGCGGAACGGCGCUCUGCCUCGGCAGCAGGGUCUGGAUAAGGUGGAGGCGGCGCUCGCCCCCGCGCAGAGCGGCGUCCCUCCACGGCAGGGGCGAAAUAAGGUGGGUGAGACUCUUGCUUCUGCAGCUGUUUCGCCUGUGGCGUGCAAUGGCGCCCUCCGGCGUAUCCUGCCUGAGUCAGGCCUGGAGAAGGCAGGGGAGGCUGGAGGCAGGGGGGAUAAUGGAGAGGCACAGUUGUUGGAUGAUGCACGCGUGCUGGCAUUGGAUGGUCAGGAGGGGAACAGGUUGGUCAAGGUGAUGGCACCAGCGGUGGCGGUACCGGAUGGUUGUGACAUUGUUGGUUCUGGUAGUUCUGCGCAGAACGGUGGUGAGAGGUGUGGUUUGUUGGUGGCAGAGGGAGAGGCGGGGAGGGAGGAGGUUGCUGGUGAUGGGGAUGUCAUGGAGAUAGGAAACGGAACAGGUGGUGGUGAGUUAGAGAGGAAGGAAAAUGGAUUUGCAGGUAGCAGAACAAAGAGAUGCUUGACGCCUGCUGUGAAUCAGCUUCCUAAGAAGAGGGCAAUCGCAGCCGAAUGCAAAGUUUCACCUGGCUGCGAGAGGACUGCUGUUACCACAAAAAAAAGCGGAGUUCUGGAGGUCUCACCUGCACACGCAUUUCGUCCUGGCUGUGGGAGGGCCACUUUUACCGCCACAGACAGUGAAGUUUUGGAUAUGCAACCCAUACGCACAUUUCCUCCUAGCCGUGGGAGGUCCGCUCUUACUACCACAGGCAAUGGAGAUGAGGAUACCAGCGGUGAUGCCUUGGCGGCAAUUCCAGUUUCAGGAGGGGCUGCUUCUCGGACAUUAGCACUAGAUGUCUCAAAUGAGAAAAUGGAAAGUAAGAGAUUGGUGGAUAAAGGAAAUAGCAAUGCUCACAGCAGGGAUCAAGUUUCAGAUGAUUUUGUAGGUAUUGAACAAGAUGGCAACAUGCAGCGAAAUGUUGACACAAAAUCUGCGCCCAGGAAUAGUUCCGAUGGGAAGAUGAAAGGGAAACUCUCACAACGUGAAGGGCGGCAGGUAGCACGAGUAGUGGUGGAUGAUAAGAUGAAAAAUAAAGUUGAAGGAAGCUUGCAUGGAAGUACUCUUAAGACACCUUUGAGCGACCCCAUUGGUGCAAAGACAAAAGGAAAGAGGUUGGAGAGUGAUAUGUUGAAUGUGGCGUUGCUUGGUAAUGCUGGGGGAAAGAUGCAAACUAAGACUUUGAGCACUAAUAAAGAAGUGGUGUGCUCAAAUGUGAAUAUAAAGCAAAAUAAAUCUGCUCGUAAACCGAACAAGUUUGGAAAACAUGUUGCAACUAAUGAAAUCGAAGAAAGUGGUGAUAUGAACCUUAUCCCUGACCAACUAAUUGUACAAGCAUUGAUGGCUCCUGACAGAUGCCCUUGGACUCAAGGAAGGAAAUCUAUUGCUAGUGUUUCCAAGUCGCUUGCUCCUAGGAACAAACUUAAUGGAAAGGAUGCUAUUCCAAGAAAAUUACUUAUAGGAAAAGUGGCCUCUCGUGAAUUGAUCAACGAUGAGACAAUGGAGGACAAUGACGACCCUUACUUGGAAGAUGACGGCCCUAACUUGGAAGACGACGACAACUCCAAGGCGCUAGUUGUGUGUGGAGAAAAGCGAGACAUAUGUGUCAUGGUUCCUCCGUCUGUUCCUUCUGGGUCACACCACAAGCAACUUGGGGACCAUGAUGUAUAUGCUCGAAGCAAAGUUAGAAAGUUGCUCCAAUUGUUCCAGGCGGCAUACCGAAAGCUUACACAACUCGUGGAACAGGGUAAUCGUGAUCUCGGAAGGGUUGACAUGGAAGCAAUUAAGGCUUUAAAGAAAGACCCUAUCUAUAACAAGCCUGGGCCCAUUGUUGGCAAUAUUCCUGGUGUUGAAGUUGGAGAUGAAUUUCACUUUAGAGUUGAGUUGUCGCUGGUUGGUCUCCAUCGCCCAUAUCAAGGAGGUAUUGACACUACGAAGCUGAAUGGUGUUCCUAUUGCUAUAAGUAUUGUUGCAUCUGGAGGCUAUCCUGACGAAUUGUCAAGCUCGGAUGAACUAAUAUACACUGGCUCCGGAGGAAAGGCUGGCGGCAAUAAACAAGGAGACGAUCAAAAGCUUGAGAGGGGUAAUCUCGCCCUGAAGAAUUGCAUAGAUACAAAGACCUUGGUUAGAGUGAUUCAUGGGUUCAAAGGCCAAAGUAGAAGUCAAGUAGGUCCUUCUAAAGGCAAGCAAACUUCGACAUUUAUUUAUGAUGGGUUGUAUCAGGUGUUAGAAUGCUGGCAAGAAGGCUUGAUAGGCGAGAGGGUCUUCAAGUACAAGUUACAGAGGAUUGCAGGGCAACCAGAAUUAGCCCUACACAUAGUCAAGGCGACAAGAAAGUCCAAAGUUCGUGAAGGUCUUUGUUUGCCUGAUAUAUCUGAAGGAAGCGAGAGGAUACCCAUAUGUGUCAUCAACACAAUUGAUGACAUGAGGCCAGCACCAUUUAAAUACAUCAACAAAGUCAUAUAUCCAAAUUGGUAUGAGAAAGAACCUCCAAAGGGUUGUGACUGCACAAACGGCUGCUCGGACUCUAUUACAUGUGCUUGUGCAGUGAAGAAUGGAGGGGAAAUCCCGUUCAAUUCCGAUGGUGCAAUCGUCGAGGCCAGCACUCUCAUAUAUGAGUGUGGUCCGUCGUGCAGGUGCCCGCCAACAUGCCACAAUAGGGUGAGUCAGCAUGGUGUCAAAAUUCCACUAGAAAUAUUCAAGACAGGUAAGACAGGUUGGGGUGUAAGAUCCCUCAGUUCUAUAUCUUCAGGCAGUUUCAUAUGCGAGUAUUCCGGCGAGCUCUUGGAAGAUAAAGAAGCUGAAAAGAGACAGAAUGAUGAGUAUCUAUUUGAUAUUGGUAGUAAUUACCAUGAUGAAGAACUUUGGGAGGGACUAAAGUCGGUCGUUGGUGUACAAUCUACUACCUCGUCCUCCAAGACAAUGGAUGGCUUUACAAUAGAUGCAGCUGAGUGUGGCAAUGUCGGACGAUUCAUCAACCAUAGUUGUUCACCGAACCUCUAUGCCCAAAAUGUUCUCUGGGACCAUGAUGACAUGAGGAUGCCGCAUGUCAUGCUUUUUGCUGUUGAGAAUAUCCCACCACUACAAGAGCUGACCUACCAUUAUAAUUAUACAGUCGGUCAGGUCCUUGACGAGAAUGGCAAGGAGAAGGUUAAACAUUGCUAUUGUGGCGCUUCUGAUUGCUGUGGCAGGCUCUACUGAGGCAGACUGCUGUUAGAGUUUUAUGUGGUGAACACUUGUGCCAUGGCACCGCGGUACCCUUCAUUCAUCGGUUCAUCUUGUACUUGCGGGCAUUGUAAUAUUUGCAAGUUAGUACCCCGUAGAUAAAAAUGCAGAUGAAUUUUGUAGAGAUCGAGCUGCUCUUGCUCUCCCUCUCAUUUUGACAUCUUGUAGGAAACAUUUCGGUCCAUUGUACUGGGCUUUAAACAUUUAAACAUUGUAGAAAGCAUGCUGUUGUCUGAAAUAUUCAACACCAUGAUGCAUGGUAGAAUUGUGCAGUAACGGGUGAUGUAAGCAUGCUGUGGUGUUAUGUUUUCGUAAAACUGAUGGGUGAUAUUGCAAGUCUUUCAUA